AUUUAUCCGUACAUUUUCAGGUAAUUCAAACGUUCAGGUACACUUGAAAUCGAGUGUGUGAGAAUCACCCCGCGACGUUGCAUCCGCCAUUGCCGUUAAUCGGUUUGAUAAUUCCUUUUGAAUCCGCGGUCGUGUGGUUGAGGGUCUCACCUACCCCGCCGCGACGCAACCGUCGCCAUUUCUUCCAUCGGAAACUGCCCAUUCCACCCUACCGUCCUCCGUUUCCGCCUGAAAUUUUCGAACCAUUAUUUUAAUCGGAAAACCUCCGAACAACGGCCGCGCCUCACCGCUUUCGUUAAUAAUUAUCAAUUCUUACCCCCAAUCUUGUAAAUCUGCCGCUCACACAAUUCCUUCCUUGUUCCUCCAUUCUGGAUUUCUGCGAUUUAGUGAGUUGAGCUGCGAAUGAUAUGGCGGAGGAUUUGGCGAAACAGACUACUUUUCUUCACGGUGACCUGGAAUUGAGAAUUAUUGAAGCUAGAGCAUUACCCAACUUGGAUUUGGUGUUCAACCAAGUAAACCGCUGCGUCGUCGCCUGCAAAGCUUGCGUGGUCUCCUCACCGGCGUCCGGGCAGGGAGGUGACCGGAAAAUCAAGCACCAUUAUAAGACAAUCACCAGCGAUCCCUAUGUUACUGUGUCGGUACCUCAAGCUACUGUGGCUCGUACCCGAGUCAUGAAGAACGCCAAAAACCCUCUUUGGGACGAGAAGUUCAAUAUCCCCCUCGCGCAUCCAGUUGUCGACCUCGAAUUCCAGGUUAAAGACGAUGAUUUGUUUGGGUCAGAGCUCAUGGGUACUGUCAAGAUACCGGCUCAGGAAAUCGCCAACGGAGAGGAAAUUGACAGAUGGUUUCCGUUGAUUGGCUCCAAUGGGAAGCCUCCGAAGCCAGAUUCGGCUCUUCAUAUUGAUAUGAAAUUCACCCCAUGCGAUAAGAAUAAACUUUAUCGUCAAGGCAUAGCCGGCGAUCCAGAGCAGGCAGGAGUGAGGCACACUUAUUUCCCACUGAGGAAAGGGAGUGAGUUGAGGCUGUACCAGGACGCUCAUGUUCCUGACGGAAUGUUGCCUAAAAUUGAACUGGAACACGGAAAGGUUUAUGAGCAGCAAAAGUGUUGGGAAGACAUUUGCUAUGCUAUAUUAGAGGCUCAUCAUUUAAUAUACAUAGUGGGUUGGUCAGUGUUCUAUAAGAUUAAGCUUGUUAGAGAGGCAAGCCGGCCAUUGCCUCGCUUGCCUCAAGGUGGGGAUAUGACCCUUGGUGAAUUGCUCAAAUACAAGUCAUCAGAAGGUGUUCGUGUUUUGUUGUUGAUCUGGGAUGAUAAGACUUCGCAUGACAAAUUGGGACUCAAAACAGCAGGAGUGAUGCAGACCCAUGAUGAAGAAACAAAAAAAUUUUUCAAGCAUUCAUCUGUCACUUGUGUACUCGCUCCUCGUUAUGGAAGCAGUAAGCUUGGUAUUUUCAAACAACAGGUUGUUGGAACCAUGUUCACACAUCAUCAAAAAUGUGUUCUUGUUGACACACAAGCAGCUGGUAGUGAUAGAAAGAUAACUGCAUUCAUAGGUGGUAUUGAUCUCUGUGAUGGUCGUUAUGAUACACCUAAGCAUCGAUUAUUUCAUGAUCUUGACACCAUUUUCAAGGAUGAUUUUCAUAAUCCUACAUUUCCAGCUGGAAUCAAGGCUCCAAGACAACCGUGGCAUGACUUGCACUGCAGGAUUGACGGGCCAGCUGCAUUUGAUGUUCUUAUAAACUUUGAGCAACGUUGGAGGAAAUCAACCAGAUGGAAAGAGUUUAGUCUACUUUUUAAAGGAAAAUCUCAUUGGCAUGAGGAUGCAUUGAUUAGGACAGAACGUAUCUCAUGGAUACUUAGUCCUGACCUGGAUGAUCCUUCCCUUAGUCCUGACUCGGAUGAUGAUACCACAGUAGUUCCAAAGGAGGAUUCCAAAGUAAGGGUUUCAAGUGAAGAUAAUCCUGAAAACUGGCAUGUUCAGAUUUUCCGGUCCAUUGACUCAGCAUCACUGAAUGGAUUUCCAACAGAUGUUGACAAAGCUUAUGCCCAGAAUCUUGUCUGUUCAAAAAGUAUGGUAAUAGAUAAAAGCAUUCAAACAGCAUAUAUCCAGGCAAUCAGAUCUGCUCAACAUUACAUAUAUAUUGAAAAUCAGUAUUUUUUAGGAUCAUCAUAUGCAUGGCCAUCGUAUAAAAAUGCAGGUGUUGACAAUCUAAUUCCAAUGGAGUUGGCACUGAAAAUUGCUAGUAAAAUUAGAGCAAAUAAGAGGUUUGCAGUGUAUGUCGUCAUUCCAAUGUGGCCUGAGGGUGAUCCAAAGUCUGAUACCAUGCAGGAAAUUCUCUUUUGGCAGUCUCAGACAAUGGAAAUGAUGUACAAAAUUGUUGCACAAGAACUAGGAUCCAUGGAACUUCCGCACUCACAUCCUCAAGAUUACCUCAAUUUUUAUUGUCUUGGUAACAGGGAACGUCUACCUGAGGAUAAGCCGGUCAGUGAUGGUGAUAAGGUCUCUGAUUCACAAAAAAAUCAACGGUUCAUGAUUUAUGUGCAUGCAAAAGGAAUGAUAGUAGACGAUGAAUAUGUGAUAGUUGGAUCUGCUAAUAUCAACCAAAGAUCCAUGGCUGACUUAUUAAUUGUUUUUUUGCAUUGUUUGAACUAAACAAAAAUAAACAGACUUUUUGGUCAAGUUGUUGGUCUGUGUAAAUCUGUGAUAAUGUGGAACAUUGUGUAAUAAGAAAUGGAAUGCUUUUGAUGCUCCAGAGAUGAAUGUUGAAGAAUUUCUACUUAUUUUGUAUAAAAAUAUUAAUACAUU